AUGCCGACUGCUCCGGUGAACAGUGAAGGAGUCGUGCUCUACUACGACGAUACGGGCGCACCUGAGUCAUCGACCACGUACGUGACCAUCGUGUUGGUGCACGGUACUGCAAUUCAUAGCGGUAUUUUCAAGCCCUUGAAACCCUAUGCCGUGCAGAACAAUGUCCGAUUAGUUCUUUUAAACCUCCGCGACUACUCAGGCUCGACCGCGUACUCAUCUGACGAACUCGAAGCUAUCCGCAGCCCUAGCCACGAAUCUCAGGCCGCUGUACUGCAAGCACGGGCCUUGGAGCUUGUGGCAUUCCUCAGCUGGUUCGUAAAGCACGAGAAGAUCCCUCCCAUCGCUAAGGUGUCCGAGUCGCCUACAGUCACCGGCGGGAUCGCACUUCUUGGCUGGUCUGGUGGGAACUACCAGACACUCCCCGUUCUCUCGCAUGCGGACAAGGUGGCAGAAGAUACCAAGUUAUUACUUGAUUCCUACUUUCGGAGCCUCAUCCAUCAGGAAAAACCUCCCAGCGCAAUUGUUUUCCCUGAUGUCGUUUAUGAUGCAGCACUGUAUGCAAUUGGCGCUUCACCUCCAGAAGGACUUUACAAUCCGCUUCGUGACCAGUCACUGACCGUCGCGGAGAGAGUAGCCACCUUUCCGCUCUGGGUAUCGACCUACUACCCGCAAGUAGAAAAUCUCUCGACAGAUCUGUCCUCCUUGGUGUCCACAUUAAAGGUCCGGCAGACAUCUACAGCAGCGGAUAGGGAUACCUUCGUGCCGACAAUACAAACGAUGUCUGCUAGAGAUCUGGACGAAAUAGUCGAUCUUAAGGUGAUGAACCGCUCCCAGCUCGCAAUCAUGAGCAUGCAUCCCAUCGUGUACGCUGAGAACUUUCGCCGUGCGCUCUGUUAUGCCGAAGAACGGUCGAAGGAGCAGGAGAUCGUGUGGUCUGCGCUGAAAGUGCAGGUAGUUUGGUGCGAUAUGUCUCACGGGGAUGCCGUGGCGACAGCACAGAUGAUCAGGGACGAGUAUGAGCAAUAUCAUCGUACUGGUCAGAAGGCAAGGCCUCUACAGUUGUUUCAGCUGCAGAAGGCAAAUCAUUUUGCGCACUGGGAUCAGCCAGAAAGUUUCGUACAAUUCCUGGCGAGUAUCGUAUGA